AUUAUAGUGUUUGGAAUGCUUGCUGUGUCUCCUUUGAGGACUACCAAAGAUGAAAGACAGGACGAAAUGGAGAGUUUUGAGAAUGGAGGAGGAGACGACUUUCCGGACUUUUCAUGCGGGAAUUUGCUUGAUAGUAUUGAUUUCGAUGACCUAUUUGUUGGUAUCAAUGAUGAAGAUGUAUUACCAGAUUUGGAGAUGGACCCUGAGAUUCUUGCUGAAUUUUCACUCAGUGGAGGUGAGGAAUCAGAGAUUACAACCACAUCAACAUCCAAUGAGAAAAUGGAGGAAAAUUCAGCAAAAGAAGAGGUGGAUAAGGCUAAUUAUUCAGGCCCGGAUGCUAGCUCGGGGUCUACCUUGACUCAGACUGACGAUAUGGUCACGAGUAAAAGAGAUGAAUCUGUAGCCGCGAACCCUUCUGCUAAAGAAGCUGAUAAAGCAAGAAAAUCAUCUACACAGUCAAAAGCUAAUCCCCAAGGGAAGAGGAAAGUUAAGGUGGACUGGACGCCAGAGCUGCACAGGCGGUUUGUACAAGCAGUGGAGCAGCUGGGUGUGGACAAGGCAGUCCCUUCAAGAAUUCUUGAGAUUAUGGGAAUUGAUUGUCUCACUCGGCACAAUAUAGCCAGCCAUCUUCAAAAGUACAGAUCCCACAGGAAGCAUCUGCUAGCUCGAGAAGCUGAGGCAGCAAACUGGACCCAAAGACGGCAAAUGUAUGGCGGCGCCGCCGCGCCCGCUGCUGCAGGAGGAAAGAGAGAAAUGAACCAUUGGAUUGCCCCUACUAUGGGAUUUCCUCCCAUGGCACCUAUGCCUCAUUUUAGACCCUUACAUGUCUGGGGUCAUCCAUCCGUCGACCAAUCUCUAAUGCCCGUUUGGCCUAAACAUUUAGGACCAUCACCUCCACCUCCACCAGUUACUUGGGCACCUGCCGCACCGGCUCACCCUCCAACACCACCGCCAGACCCUUGCUUUUGGCAUUCACACCAUGCUCGUGUUCCAAACUCUCUAACUCCAGGCACACCUUGCUUUCCACCACAUCUUGCACCAACAAGAUUUCCGACUCCACCUGUCCCUGGCAUCCCACCACCAGCGCUGUACAAAGUAGACCCCGGCAUUGCUGUCCCAACAGCCCCUGCUGGACAGCCCGUACCUCAACCUCCCAUUGAUUUUCACCCGUCCAAGGAGAGCAUAGAUGCAGCUAUAGGAGACGUUUUAUCGAAGCCGUGGCAGCCGCUUCCACUUGGGCUGAAACCACCGUCUGUUGACAGUGUGCUGGUGGAGCUGCAUCGCCAAGGAAUAUCAAGAAUACCGCCGACGGCUUGUGUUUAAAAGGAUCCCCAAAAAUUCGACGACAUUUCCUGCUAUUAUAAUUAGAUCAGAAUAUCUAAUAAGCAAAAGUUUCUCGCCUUUUUUUUUCUUUCAAAAAAUGUUUUUGCAUUGUCUUGCUUAUGCAAGAUCAAUGUUUAACACUGGACAGUGACAACUAGUUUCUGUAACGGUCUUAAUGUGAACUAAUAUCAAGAGCUUUUGUGUCCGUCUUCGGGGCUUAACUACAA